AAAUGACCGCAACUUUCAUCAAGAUACAGUUAAAAAGAGGGGCAAGAAUGAACCUAACAACAGAGUCAGUUCAGCUUGUAAAAACCCUGCUGGACCGACACCACCGCACUGAGAAGGCCGAGAUGGAUGAUAUCCCAUGGGCUGCCUGCAAGGACUUCACAGUGAAUGUCGGGGAAAAGCAGAUUGGGGCUUACAUUAAAACGUGGGAGCUCCCCUCUUGCUGGCUGUACAGUGUGGACUUUGUCUGCUCAACCGAGGAGGAGCACCGGACCUUCCACCACUACCGGGCCCGAUUCAGCACCCCAACACCGAGGAAGCCAAUUCGGGGGACAGCUAGCGUCUACUUCGUCGUGGAUGUAUCGAAGGUUAAACCUCAAACUCUACCAGUGGAAGUCAUCUUCAUAGUGGAGUCAAACAAACUGGUGCACACACCGGGGACGACCAGGUUUAGAGAGAAAUGGCUGGUGGACGUCAUAGAGAACAAGACUUUGCUCCAACGAAUGAUAGACCUUUAAACCCAGCAGAUAAAAAAUAUCGCUCCUUAA